UGGGCGUGAGGUGCGGCGCGAGCGACCGCGAACCGUCGUUAGCAACGGUGACCGGUAGCGCGCGCUAGCCAGAGGUGGAGUGGGCUGGGGUGGGAGGCAGUCUGCUUGGUUUUGGCUGUCAUUGUUUCCGGCGUGGAUGAGCUGCCUUUGCUGUUGUUGUUUGUCCGAUCCCUUGCGAUGAAAAUGGUGGAGCCGGUGGGAUUCGUGGAAGCCUGGAAGGCUCAGUUCCCCGACUCUGAGCCGCCCAAGAUGGAGCUAAAGAGCGUCGGCGACAUUGAGCAAGAGCUAGAGAGCUGUAAAUGCAGCAUUCGGAAACUGGAGCUGGAGGUAAACAAGGAGCGGUUUCGCAUGAUUUACCUCCAGACGCUGCUGGCCAAAGAGAAGAAGAGUUAUGACAAGCAAAGAUGGGGUUUCAGAAAGUCCACGGUUCUAAUGGAACAAGACGAUGAGGUGCCUCAGGACUCUCUGUAUCAUCAUCCUCCCGCUAGGGAAGGGGAAGAAACUAUGUAUCUCCCCGGAGAGGACAAUUCAAAGAGCCAGACCGAAGGGGUAGAAGGGAUGAUGGACACCAGGGGUGAGAUAGAAAACUCACCAACCAGGCAGAGGGCAUCCUUAACGAGGAGGGCGAUAGCAACGCCAGAGAGGGACACGGGGCGAGGUUUCAGCCAAGAUUGUGAACAAAUUGAGAAAAAGGAUAAAGCUGGAGCUGGCUCGAGUGUGGCUGCAUUGAGGUCCAAUUUCGAGAAAAUUAAGAGAACCAAUUCACACUCUGGGGAUGGCAAAGGUGUGGACAAACCUCUCUAUGUCAAUGUAGAGUACCACCAUGAGAAAGGAUUGGUGAAAGUCAAUGACAAGGAGGUAUCUGACAAGAUCAGUACAAUUGGGAGUCAGGCCAUGCAGAUGGAGCGGAAGAGGUCAUUGCACUCUUUCCCUAGUACUGUGGGAUCAGUGGACUACCGCAAGCCCACAUACAGAGGUAGGUUAACAGACAGCAGCUCUGGGUAUGACCCGGAGUAUGAUGACAUAGAUCUGAAUCCUAGAUUCUUAAAGGAUAACCUCAUCCGUGCCACUGCCAAUGGAGGCAAACCUGACAAGGAACCUUGGCAGCAAGAAUUUCAGCCAUAUGAAAGUGUUUACGUUGGUGGAAUGAUACAAGAUAGUAAUAGUAAACCCAGUGGUGGCUUGAGAGACUGUGGAAGACUUCAGAGCACUACAGAUCAUGAGAAACAUCUAACCUGGCCUCGGAGGUCCUAUUCGCCUGGUGCUGAUGAUGUUGGUGGAGGAUAUACACCAGACUGCAGUUCAAAUGAAAAUUUAACUUCAAGCGAAGACGAUUUUUCUUCUGGCCAGUCGAGUCAUGUUUCUCCCAGCCCCACCACCUAUCAUACUUUUCGGGAAAAAAGCCGGUCUCCCUCUCAAAACUCACAACAAUCUUUUGAUAGUAGCAGUCCACCCACCCCACAGUCACAAAAGAGGCACAAACACCAAGUUACUGUACCGGAAGCAAUGGUAGUUGGUCUCCGGAAGUCAGGACAAAUUUGGGCAACUGAAGCUGAUCUUGCCCACAGGAGUACUGAAGAGGACAGUUUCCAUGGAGACCCAGAUACUCUCUACAGCAACACGCUACCAAUCUAUGCGUACGAUGCAGAUCGAGUCGAGGAACAAAGACGGAACCAGGAAAGCAUGCCCUACAUAGAUGAUUCACCUUCGUCAUCACCUCAGCUCAGCUCCAAAAGUCGGGGUAGCAGAGACACUAUAUCAUCUGGGUCCUUGGAAUCAACCAAGUCCAGUGAACCAGAUUUGGAGAAGGGCCUGGAGAUGCGAAAAUGGGUUCUAUCUGGAAUCCUAGCCAGUGAGGAAACAUACUUGAAUCAUCUAGAGGCACUUUUAUUGCCAAUGAAGCCUCUUAAAGCAGCUGCUACCACAUCUCAGCCAGUCCUCACAAGCCAACAAAUAGAAACCAUCUUUUUCAAAGUGCCUGAGCUUUAUGAGAUUCACAAAGACUUCUAUGAUGGCCUUUUCCCCAGAGUUCAGCAGUGGAGUCACCAUCAGUGUGUUGGAGACCUCUUUCAAAGACUGGCUAGCCAACUUGGGGUAUACAGAGCAUUUGUGGAUAACUAUGAAAUCGCUGUAGAGACAGCAGAGAAGUGUUGUCAAGCCAACACGCAGUUUUCAGAAAUUUCAGAGAAUUUAAAAGUCAGGAAUACAAAAGACUUGAAAGAUCAAAGCACUAAGAAUUCUCUGGAAGCUCUUCUGUAUAAACCUGUUGACCGUGUCACCCGAAGCACACUUGUUCUCCAUGAUUUAUUAAAACACACACCAGUUGGUCAUCCAGAUCAUCCUUUGCUACAGGAUGCCCUCCGUAUUUCACAGAACUUCUUGUCAAGCAUUAAUGAGGAAAUCACUCCCAGGAGACAGUCCAUGACUGUGAAGAAAGGCGAGCAUCGGCAAUUAAUAAAGGACAGCUUUCUGGUCGAACUUGUGGAAGGAGCUCGGAAGCUUCGACAUGUGUUCCUCUUCACUGAUCUUUUUCUUUGUGCAAAGAUGAAGAAACAAGUAGCAGGCAAGAACCAACAAUAUGACUGUAAGUGGUACAUUCCUCUAGCUGAUCUGAGUUUCCAAAAUUUGGAUGAGUCAGACAACACUCCGACCAUUCCAUUGGUACCAGAUGAAGAACUGGACACCAUGAAAAUAAAGAUCUCUCAGAUCAAGAAUGAAAUUCAGAGAGAAAAGAAAGCCAAUAAAGGCAGCAAAGUGAUUGAACGGCUAAAAAAGAAACUGUCCGAACAAGAAUCGCUGUUACUGUUAAUGUCUCCAAACAUGGCGUUCAGAGUGCACAACAGGCAUGGCAAAAGCUAUGUAUUCCUGAUAUCGUCAGAUUAUGAGAGGGCUGAAUGGAGAGAAAUCAUCCGUGAACAGCAAAAGAAAUGUUUUAAAAGUUUUUCACUCACUUCUGUUGAACUACAGAUGCUCACAAAUUCAUGUGUGAAGCUGCAAACAGUUCACAAUAUUCCAUUAACUAUCAAUAAAGAAGAUGAUGAAUCCCCUGGCCUUUAUGGGUUCCUGAAUGUAAUUGUCCACUCAGCUACUGGAUUCAAACAGAUAUCAAAUUUGUACUGUACAUUAGAAGUAGAUUCAUUUGGCUACUUUGUUAACAAAGCAAAGACAAGAGUCUACAGGGACACAAUGGAACCAAACUGGAAUGAGGAAUUUGAAAUAGAACUGGAAGGAUCUCAGACACUACGAAUUUUAUGCUAUGAAAAAUGCUACAACAAAACAAAACUCACCAAAGAAGAUGCUGAAAUUACUGAUAAAAUCAUGGGGAAAGGACAGAUUCAGCUGGAGCCACAAGUGUUGCAGGACAAGGACUGGCAGAGAACUGUCAUAGCAAUGAAUGGGAUUGAGGUGAAGUUAUCGAUGAAAUUUACCAGUCGGGAGUUCAGUUUGAAACGGAUGCCAUCUCGAAAACAAACUGGAGUCUUUGGUGUAAAGAUCGCAAUAGUCACCAAGCGGGAAAGAUCAAAGGUGCCUUACAUAGUGCGACAAUGUGUUGAAGAGAUUGAGAGACGUGGAAUGGAGGAGAUUGGAAUUUAUCGAGUUUCAGGAGUUGCAACAGACAUUCAGGCCCUUAAAGCUGCUUUUGAUGUCAAUAAUAAAGAUGUCUCUGUGAUGAUGAGCGAAAUGGAUGUUAAUGCCAUUGCGGGAACCUUGAAACUUUAUUUCCGUGAGUUGCCUGAACCACUCUUCACAGAUGAGUUAUACCCUAAUUUUGCUGAAGGAAUUGCACUGUCUGAUCCAGUUGCUAAGGAGAGCUGUAUGCUGAAUCUGCUGCUUUCACUGCCAGAACCUAAUCUUAUUACCUUCCUAUUUCUGCUGGAUCAUUUGAAAAGGGUGGCAGAAAAAGAGCAGAUCAACAAGAUGUCGUUGCAUAACCUGGCCACCGUCUUCGGACCCACACUACUAAGGCCAUCUGAAAAAGACAGUAAAAUACCGACAAACCCCACACAGGCAAUCUCGAUGGCAGAUAGCUGGUCGCUGGAAGUGAUGUCACAGGUGCAAGUUCUGCUCUAUUUCCUGCAGCUGGAGACCAUUCCAACACCAGACAGUAAACGCCAGAGCAUCCUUUUCUCAACAGAAGUGUAGUAGGCAGUCAUCCAAGUUUGAAACACAGCAGCAAGCAACCAUCAACAGUACAGUGUUGACCUUUAUCACUGUUUCAUUAAAUAUGGGACAUCAUAUUGUUAGUUACUGUCACUGGUUUAAUCAACAGUCACAAACCAAACUUCUUGUAUGUUUCAGAGAACUGAAUAGAAGCUCUCCUAUUCAUGUACACCAGAGGGCAGUGUAUAACAGGGAUAAUUUAACACCUCUUACAACUUGAUAUCUUAAUGAUAUAUUCACGUAUGAAGGGGAUGAAUAAUUCUGUAUUUUUCAUUCCUUUAACAGUUCCUCAGCAAAAAGAAAUACUGUUGGAGUUUGCUACUGUAAUAAGCAAUUAUAGAUUGGAAUGUAAAUGGGAAUUGAACGUAUACAAGAAACAAAGUAAUCCAUGACCAUGGAAAAACUUCUGAGAAAAAUGUUUUGUGUUAGUUGUACCAGUGCAUUAUUUCCUGACAUUAUAGAAAGCUUUGUUGAAAUAAUAGUAGGUUUCUGAUUCCUUCUUUUAACAGGAAUGUACUUGACAGCCAUUUAUGCAUCUCUGUGUGUUCCAUAGGUUUCCUAUCUGCAGACGGCUAUGUACAGGUUUAAAACCAUGAGCAAUACAUGACUGUGCCAAUGCUAUGCUUCUGUUUUUGAGAUGAAUGAGAUGAAUAAUUUUAUUGCCAUGUGUGUUUUAACAGUGAGAAGGACAUUAAAGUACAAUGAAAUUUUUUUCCACUGUCACCAUAGGACAUACUCAAUAGAAUGCAACUUCCAAGGGGCUCACUUUCCAAUAGUUUGAUUUUGCCACAUUUAUGCAUUCCAGCCUGUUUUAGCACUGGAACUUAACAUGCAGGCAUGUUAAGUUUAAAGUUUAUGUAAUAAAUUCCCUUAUAAUUGUUUUUCUAAUUACCCCAGAAGCUGGUUAUUUUGGGCUGGGAUUACAACAUUAUCUUUCUCAAAGUUGCUGUUGAAUGAAGGUUACCAAGAUGGAACUGCUGGUUUUGAUACUUAAUCAUAGAAUCCCUGCAGUGCAGUUAGAGGCCAUUUUUCCUAUAAAGUUUGCACCAACCUUCCAAAGAGCAUCCCACCCAAUCCCAACACCUUUACCAAAGUUAACCCACCUAGCCUGCACAUUCCCGAUGAUGUUUCCCUUGAUGUGCGUCUGAAUGUAGGAAUCUAAUUUCUUAUGCUGAAUGUUGUUUUAUUCAUUAGAAUUAGUGGGAUGAUAAAAGAAUUGCGGAGUCUAAAACAAAUUUUUCUAACCAAUUGGAAGAAUAAAGCUCAGCAUAGAAAUGUGUCAAAACAAAAAUCAGCAAGAUAAAUCUUAACCCUUGCACUUACAGGUACCUGAUUAUCAAAGUAUUUCAGAAACUCAAAUGUCAUCUUCAAUGAGUUUUUAGGUGUAAAAAUCUAUGUAAAAUCUACAUAAACUGGUAAUUGCACACCUUUCUUGUGCCAGUUAAAUUGUUGAGGUAUUGUAUUUAUCAGUGUGCACUAAUCCACGUUAUCUGCACCUUGACCUGACCCUGGAAAGGUCAGGUUCUGAACAAUGAUGUGCUGCUGCUGGAAGUGGGAUCAUAAAGAAGUUAAAAUCCCUUGUCCAGCUGAUAACCCAGAGUCUGAGUGCCAUUGAUGUACAGUUCCCCAAUGUCUGACCAUUGCUGAUGUACGGCCCCCAGGGCUGCUGUCGCUGGGCACGUCCCCCUGAGGCUGGCCGUCUCUGGGUUACAUUAUCACAGGCACCGCCAAAUGUUAGUAUGUAAGUCAAAAUAUUUAAUAUUGAUAGGGACACCACGUUAAGGAUCACAGCAGAGCCACAUUUUUCUAUAUUACUUUUAGUGGGAUUCAUUGCAUAUUUAAUAUCAGUAUAUUGGACCACCCCCAUGUAGGCCUAAAGCACUGUGUUUGAAUGUAGUAUCUAAGACUAGAUUAGUAAAAGUAGGUCUGUUUGGCUCAAUCUUUCAGCUGGAGAUCCAGUGUAUGCAAUUAGUACUAUAGUGAAUUACAUCUUUUUGAUUUGGAUUCAUGCUGACAGUCUGCUAGGUGCAAUCACGAAACAGUGGAUGCUACUUACUAAGAUUUGUUGACACUGAACUUUCCCAACAUUAACUAGUUGCUCUUUGCAGAUGUUUUAAGGAUUGGUGUUUCAGAUUUUUCAAAACAAGUUGUAGGAUAAAACUAGUGGUUCUUGCUAAGAGACUAAGGUAUGCAAAACUUAGUGAUUUUAUUUUACUUAAAUUUAAUUUAAGAAUCAAAUUUAAAAAGCAAUCUGAACACCUGUCUAUAUAGUAGUAUAGUGUACCUUCUUCAAAUGGCAUCGGCAUAUAAAUGUUUUACGUAUGUACCAAUACUCGAGGAAUGAUACCCAUCCCUUAUCUCUAUUGUAUGUUAUCUGACUAGGGAGAGGGAAGAUGUUUCCAUUCUCAAAAAUCAUUCCAGUCACCAAAACACACAAUGGAGAUGAGAAGGGUUCAUCAAAUUGCUGAUGAAUUGUGGAAAAUAAAUUGACUCUGCGUGAGAAAACAUUCCAGCAAUCAAUGCACCAAGUAAAUAGCAUUAACGAUGAUAGAAACACUGCAAGUGGUAGAGAUGGAACAUAGGCAAGUCAGCAUUUUGAGUAUAAAGACACUAAUGUUUUGAAUAUAAUUGUAUUCCCUCAUGUCUUGUGGUGAAAUGCCUUGCUGAACACCCCCAUAUUCUGAGGUCAGAAAUAUGUCAUUUGGACUAUUACAAAUUUAAAUAUGCUUCAAUUAAUCUGGUUGUGCCAAGACAAUACAAUUUCUCUGUGCAUGAUAUUUCAGCAUUUGUGUUUUAAAAGCAGAACAAAUAGAAUUUUAUGGCCAUUAAGUUUGUGAGGAUUCUGUGCCCUCUCAGGAGCCUGUGUUGCACGCAAGUCUGGAUAACAAUAAUAAAACAAAUCCUUUCUGUUGAUAAUAAGUAUAUUUUCUGUAAAGCAACUUGCAACACUCUCAACUCCUCAUCAAAAGGUAUCUUCACAGCAUGAAGCUUCCCAAGCAUAGUUCGGUAGAAAUUUUCUACUUCUUAUUAACCAGCAUCUAUGGGACCAACAUAAAAACACAUUCUAAGUGAUACAAACACAAUGCAGGGAGUAUACACAUUACUGCUAUACACUAUUUACAGCAUAAAUCACUUAAAUAAUAAAACUUACUAGUACUCUCAACUGACUACCCUGACACCAUGGAGAUCGCAAUAAUACAGUAAACUUCUGGUAGUUCAGGUACAUAAUUUUUGCUGGUUUAUUGAGGGUGCCGGUUAAAACAAAGUUUGCUGUAUUAGAUUCUCAGUUUAAAAAAUGGAGAGCAUGACCCUCUAUCAUUCACCUUAAUAUAUUUCAGCAAGAUGAGUGGAGAUAUUAAACAGUAUUCAAAUACAGUUACAAUGUACUAUUAUAGAUGCUGAAAGACUGGUAGAAAGUCAUUAAUUUAGUACAACAGAAAAAAGAAGUAUUUCUUUAACAGCUGAAACCUCAACUUUUCACAUCAACACAGAUGUCUUUGAAGUGACUGCAGGCUUAUUGGCAAACUUCAAUCUCCAAUGUCAGUGCUUUAAUAUGAAAAAUUACCUGGUUGUCCAUAUGUUAUUUUUCAACUUAUCAUGUAGUAUAUGAUCUACUGUGAAGUCAACUGAGUAAUAAACAGUGGGGAUUUUGUCAGGCACUGUACUGAACAAUUGCCAGUAACAAUUUAGAGGAAAUAAUUAGAUGAGAAAAAUUGUAUUAUAAUGCUGUAGUUAAAACAGUGAAACACAAUUCUCUUCACCAAAUGACUGUAAACUAUUGUAACCUGCUUUUGAUGUAUUGUUGUAAUUGUUAAGACACCUGCACAGUCUAGGGACAUGGGGUUAGUUAUUUAUUGAAAUAAUCAGGAUUAAAUUAUAUAAAUAGUACCUAUUCAAAUUUUGUGUAGAAGCCAUUUGUUCCUUGCAUUUUUGGAUUGUCAGUUGAAUUGACAGAACUAUAAGUUUGUUAAUGUGAUCCGCUCAAGCUGAUGCAACUGCAGUAGCACUGCUUACUAUGAUUAUUUACUCAUUGAUUCAUGUGCUUUAUUUUCUUAUUUUACAAAACUGUUCUGUGUGAGAAGUUCCAUCCAGACAGGAAAGAGGAAGCAGUGUUUAGUUUCUGGAUUGAGUCACUUGAUUUAGGUCGCUGUCACUUUCUAAGGUUAGUUAGAUAUGAAAGGAUUUUGAAUUUGAAGAUAAUUGAAGAAUUCCUAAGGCAUUUGUAACCCUUGUUUGUACACAAAAAAGUUAAAUAAAAUUCCUGUAUCUAUAUA